GGUCUUGAUCGCAGUAAACGCAGUUGUCCGUGCGCCUCGGGGCUCACAGCGACACUUGGCCGCUCCGUAGUCCCAGUGCCUGUGAACUUGUCCUCCUGCUUGGCCUUCCAUAUCCCAGGUUUGCCUACGGGACGACCCCUCACGCCACCGGACCCCUCUCCAAAGCCUCUGCGUAAACUUUACCAACUGGGCUUUUUACGCGCGAGUGGAGAUGGAGCGUCUUACAAGAUGCCCGUAGACCACUCCUCUGCCCCAAAGACCUUCUGCCCCUCCUCCCUUGAGCUGUUAGGGUUAGGGUAGCUCUAGGCUACAUCAUCUGCUUCACUUACGACGUGCGUGGGUGGAAUUCUGUUUUUUUCCUGCUAUUGUAGAUAAUUACUAACAAAGUCAAUGAUCAAUGUAAAUCUGACUCUUCAAAUCAGAGGGAAGUAGAGCAGUCUUAAAGUACUCAAGUUGGACUUUUGUUGUUUCAAAACAUCAAGUAAUAGUGUAAAAAAUACAGCAUGUAAUAAGUAUACUAUACUCUAAUAAUACUAAGCACUUACUAGGGAUGAACGAUUUGGGAAAAAUAUCUAACUGCGAUUUUUCUGACCAGCAUUGUGAUUGUGGUUGGUUUUGUGAUUUUUGUUUUAAUAAGAGGACUCUGUUCAAAGUUGACUCAAAAACAAAUACAAGAAUCACAUUUCAAAACAUUUUUAUACAGCUCUGAACUACAGGGUUAGCGAUUUUUAGGUAGAGUAUCAAAACUGUACUUCAAAUUAUUAUUACUCAAGUAGAAGUAAAACUUACACUAAGUUACACCAGUCUUUGCACUAUUUCAGGCCCAUAAUGUAGUAGUAUUGGUUGGCUAUUGAGAUAUCUAUAAUGGCCACCUCUUCCCCAGAGAAGGAUAAGCCCCUGUUGCAGCUCCAGGAGGUGGACUCUAGCAGAGCAGUGAGUCGCGUCCUCUCCCCUCUCAUGGGCUCCUCGUCUCCAGCUCUGUCCAUCGAAGCCACCCCUCCCAUAUGCAUCCCCUCCCCAUAUACUGAACUGACCCCCGACUAUGCCUCCUUACCCUUCUACAGUCCCACCAUCUUCAGCUACAACAGCACGGGGCUGUCAGAAUGCUCCUCAGUGCACCAGAACCUCAGCCCCUCCCUGUUCUGGUCUGGGCAUGGACAUGUAGGGUCCUCCUUACCCCUGCACCGCUCCCAGGCUCGCCCCACGCACACCCAACCCGCCCCGAGUCCCUGGGUGGAGAUACAGCCAAGGGAUAGCGUCUUAAUGACAAGCAAAAGGAGGCGUUCCCAGGAGAGUGACGAGGGCGUGGUUUCUUCUGGCGGAAAAUCAGACCUGCACUACUGCGCUGUGUGCCACGACUACGCCUCAGGGUACCACUAUGGAGUCUGGUCCUGUGAAGGCUGCAAGGCUUUCUUCAAGAGGAGCAUCCAAGGACAUAAUGACUACAUCUGUCCAGCCACCAACCAGUGCACUAUAGACAAGAACCGGCGCAAGAGCUGCCAGGCCUGUCGCCUGCGCAAGUGCUACGAAGUUGGCAUGACAAAGUGUGGUAUGCGUAAAGAGCGUAGCACCCUUCGCUCCCCCCAGGUGUCGCGGCGUUUGACCCGCUUGUCCUCUCAGGGCCGGAGUACAGGAUCCAAGCUGUUACCUGUACCCUCUGUAGUACCACGCCCCGAGCCUCCCCCUCCUGCCCUGACCCCAGAGCAGCUGAUUAGUCGACUCAUGGAGGCGGAACCACCAGAGAUCUACCUCAUGAAGGACAUGAAGAGACCACUGACCGAAGCCAACAUCAUGAUGUCUCUCACUAACCUGGCAGACAAGGAGCUGGUGCAUAUGAUCACUUGGGCUAAGAAGAUACCAGGCUUCGUGGAGCUGAGCCUGGUGGACCAGGUGCACCUGCUGGAGUGCUGCUGGCUGGAGGUGCUGAUGUUGGGCCUGAUGUGGAGGUCUGUGGACCACCCAGGGAAACUCAUCUUCUCUCCUGACCUCAGCCUCAGCAGAGAGGAGGGCAGCUGUGUGCAGGGCUUCGUGGAGAUCUUUGACAUGCUGCUGGCCGCUACGUCCCGUGUGAGAGAGCUCAAACUGCAGAGGGAGGAGUACGUCUGCCUCAAAGCCAUGAUCCUGCUCAACUCCAACAUGUGCCUGAGUUCUUCAGAGGGCAGUGAGGAGGUGCAGUCUCGCUCUAAACUCCUGUGUCUGCUGGACACGGUCACAGACGCUCUGGUGUGGGCUAUUGCUAAGACCGGCCUCAGCUUUAGAGAGCAGUACACACGCCUGGCCCACCUGCUCAUGCUGCUGUCCCAUAUACGACACGCCAGUAACAAAGGCAUGGACCACCUUCACUGCAUGAAGAUGAAGAACAUGGUGCCUCUGUAUGAUCUGCUGCUGGAGAUGCUGGAUGCCCACAUCAUGCACAGUUCUCGUCUGCCCCGUCACUCGGCACAGCAGGACCCCAUGAUGACUCAGGAGAGACCACGCAGCCCCCUCAGUGGUCCGUCUAACACUUGGACUCCUAGUGAGGACCAGAAUCAGAGAUCAGAAACUUUCAAAGCGCCUCAGUGAUUUCAGAAAUAUGAAAAUUCUGGAAGGGAAUUUCAACGACUGUGAGCUUAGCGAUCAAUCGUGGUGUUUUUAUGUCGUAACUUCAGACAAACCAAACCUGUGUAAUUGCCUUAGCACCACAAGGCCUCAGCAGUAGUAGUACUAUUAUUCAUUUCAUAUCAUUGGAACUAUCUUUUCUUUCGCUUCAGGAACAAAUACUUAUAAACAAACAUGGCAGCUCAGAGAAACCCCAGAGUAUAAUGCCUUUUCAUUUGCCAUGACUUGCUCAUGGGCACAACGCUAGUAUCUUACAAUCUACUAAAUUUGUUAAAACAAAAUAAAAUAUAUAUAGACAAAAAAGUGUAGGGAAUAAAACAUCCAGUGCAAAGAUGGCUAGAGUUGUGCACCAGCAGCUAAUUACCAGCUGAAUAUAGUACUUUUAUUUCAUUUUUGUAACUAAUUUGAUUUUUUAACGAAAAAUGAAACUUUUGUACAUUAAGUUGACCAGUAGAGGGUGCUAAUGAUCACCACCUGCUGACAGCCAAAGUGUCCUCUUCAUUAAUCACCACUUGUGACUUUCUACUCGCCUUUUGUGUAUAUCCGGUAUUGUUCUGAUGACAAAGUUGCACUCAUAAUUUGCUUGAACAAAAAUAUUUUCGUAUGGAAGUAUUUGCUCUUCGCUGCAGUUUUGACAAUCGGGAUGGCUUGCUCUCAACUUUGUAGAUACAAUUCACAUCACAUCUGAACCUUGUGCAGCAUAAUAGUUUUAUAACCUGAUCAGUUCUCUGUUUGGCCUACAGUGCUGUGCAAAAAUGAGGUUUAUUAUAUAUAUUAGAAUUACUUGGAUUUCCUUUGCAAAACAUUUCCCUCCAUUAUUCUCAACCAGUCAUCGGAUAUGUACUAAUGAUACUAAUAUAUGCUGGUAUCUGAAUGUGUGAGCGGUUCCUUGAUGUAAAGCGUGUUGAGUGUCUUGGAAGUAGAAUAGCGCUAUAUAAAUGUGACCAUUUUAGCAGAUAUCUGUUCAUUAUUUCUUUGUAUUUUUGGGGGGAAUUUUUCACAGACACAGCUUUCGCUCCAUAUCCCACAAGUUGCUUUUGCACAGUACUGUAUGCCAUGUACUUAUCCAGCUAUUUGUACCAACCACUGUAAAUACUGUAACUGUAACUGGUUUUAUAACAUGUGCCAUCAGAUUUCAAUGGAAGAAAUGCCUUACAUCACAUCAUCACAGUGCCUCAAAAUACAGUUAUAUGAACCAUG